AUGGCCGUCGGAUUGCUCAGCAUCCCAAGGGAGAUUCGCGACCUGAUUCUCGAUGAAGUCGUCUUCCUGCCCGAUCGCCCACCGCCCCUCAACCCCUCAGUCAGCCAGGACCGCAAGAGGCGCGAGUACAAGGGCCAAGGAUUUUUCGAUGGCCACGACAUUUGGGUCGAGAAACAGAUCCGCGCACCGCCCUCGGGCUCCCCCAACAACGCCAUUCUCCUCGUCAAUCGCCAACUGCACUACGAGGCCAAGACCCUGCUUGCCUCCAAAGGAACCCAUUGUCGCCUCGAUGUUAUGUAUGUCAAAGAGUGUGGCUUGUGGCCGACUUGGCUCGCCGUGCCAAGAUCCACCCGCCACGCCGACAGCGUCCAUGUGCAAUUCCGCAUCUUCGACCCUCCCGCCGACGUCAACCCUGACUGGAAGAACGAGCAACAGUUUCGCGGCGGCGACGGCGGUCCGCCCUUCAUCGUAUGGAACUUCUACGCCAUGCUCUCCGGUUACUUGCGAUACGGCCCGACGGCUUUCAGCAGCGUCGUCGCCGACCCGUCAAACUUCACCAUCAAGAGGCUGGUGAUCGACGUCCUCCCGCCGCCCCCCGAAGAAAAGCAUGAUCGUCUCGUGUCCGGCAGUAGUGCGCGGCGGCCGGCGGCCCUCGACAUGUUCGAGAGGUUCAACACCUUAGUCAUGGAUGCGGAGAAGCGCGAGCGCAAAGGCAUCACCUGGCCUCGACCGCCAGAGGGCAAGGAGAGCCUCAUCCCGGCAGAGAAGCUUGCUUUCUUCAUGUGUUGCCAGAUUGGCGGUCUCCUGUCCAUGUACAGGGACUGGGCCGACUUCGGCGCCGUCCUCUACGAGGGCAUCGGGAGCAUCGAGAUCCGCGUCAACGGCGAGCCGCGACGCUACUUUGACCUCGACGACAUGCUCGACGGCUUGCCCAUACAGCCCAUCGCGGCCUGGAAUGAAAAGGAACAGCAAAAGAGACAGAAGCGCUUCGACGACUGGAAAGCCCAAGCGACAGCAACGAGACGAAGCUGGAAAAAGUGA